UAACUGCAGCAUUGGAGAGGAAGGUUUCACAGCUCUUGCAUCAGCACUGAGAUCAAACCCCUCACACAUGAGAGUGCUGGGGCUGACCGGGAGUGAAGCAGGAGACUCAGGAGUGAAGCAUCUUUCUUCUUUUCUGGAGGAUCCCAACUGUACACUGGAGAAUCUAAACCUGGAUAACUGCAGCAUUGGUGAGGAAGGAUUCACAGCUCUUGCUUCAGCACUGAGAUCAAACCCCUCACACAUGAGAGAGCUGUAUCUGGAGGAGAGUGAUGCAACAGACUCAGGAGUGAAGCAUCUUUCUUCUUUUCUGGAGGAUCCCAACUGUAAACUGGAGAAACUACGCCUGAAGAACUGCAACAUUGGAGAGGAAGGAUUCACAGCUCUUGCAUCAGCACUGAGAUCAAACCCCUCACACAUGAGAGAGCUGGGGCUGGAGGGGAGUAAAGCAACAGACUCAGGAGUGAAGCAUCUUUCUUCUCUUCUGGAGGAUCCCAACUGUAAACUGGAGGAACUAAACCUUGAUAACUGCAGCAUUGGUGAGGAAGGAUUCACAGCUCUUGCAUCAGCACUGAGAUCAAACCCCUCACACAUGAGAGAGCUGUGGCUGACCGAGAGUAAAGCAACAGACUCAGGAGUGAAGCAUCUUUCUUCUCUUCUGGAGGAUCCCAACUGUAAACUGGAGGUACUAAACCUGAAUAACUGCAGCAUUGGAGAGGAAGGUUUCACAGCUCUUGCAUCAGCACUGAAAUCAAACCCCUCACACAUGAGAGUGCUGGGGCUGACCGGGAGUGAAGCAGGAGACUCAGGACCUGGAUAA